AUGGCGAAUCCAGCUCAUUUGAUGAGGCGACAAAGCUCCCGGGAUCUUUACGCCCAGCGGUCUUUGGAUAGAAUGGAGAUGAAAGAACUACGGGGCCGAUUGGUGACAAUGGAAAACGGUCAUCCUUCGCACCGCACGCACGUCAUGUACGGCGCAACUAAUGAAGCGUUCGAGGAUACCAGCCCCAACCGAAGGUCUUCGGAGACUCCGACUAGUAAGGGGAGUUCUGGAGAGGAGAGAGUGUUUAAGCCAGAAGGCGGGGAAUGCGAGAGGGAAUCUUGGGACAGUAAGCUGACAUUCCUCUUAGCUACUGUCGGAUAUGCCGUCGGUUUGGGCAACGUGUGGAGAUUCCCGUACCUGGCACAAAAGAAUGGUGGCGGAGCUUUUUUGAUUCCUUAUUUUGUGAUGUUAGCGAUUGAAGGGAUUCCUAUAUUCUACUUGGAGUUAGCUAUUGGGCAACGUUUGAGGAAAGGUGCUAUCGGUGUGUGGCAUCAAGUCUCCCCUUACCUCGGGGGUAUUGGCAUCAGUUCAGCGGUGGUCUCUUUCAACGUAGCUCUAUACUAUAACUCUAUAAUAGCUUGGUGUCUAUUCUACUUUGCUCAGAGCUUCCAAGCAGAACUCCCGUGGUCAGAAUGCCCUAAUAAAUAUUUCGAUAACGGAUCGUACAUCACUGAGCCGGAGUGUGCAGCAAGCAGUCCAACACAAUACUUCUGGUAUCGAACAACUCUACAGAUCUCCGAAGACAUCAACCAUCCUGUAUCGUUUAACUACAAAAUCGCACUCGCUCUAGUCAUCGCCUGGAUCCUAGUCUAUUUAUGCAUGAUUAAAGGCAUAGCUUCCUCCGGUAAAGUCGUGUAUAUAACAGCCACUUUCCCUUACAUCGUUCUGGUUAUCUUCUUCUUCAGAGGUAUAACAUUGAAGGGUAUGGGCGAUGGAUUGAUACAUCUCUUUACGCCGAAAUGGCACACGAUUUUAGACCCUGUUGUCUGGUUGGAAGCUGGCACUCAGAUAUUCUUUUCCCUUGGCUUAGCUUUUGGAGGUCUUAUAGCCUUCUCGUCCUACAAUCCGGUUGAUAAUAACUGUUAUAGGGAUGCAAUUAUGGUCUCUAUGACUAACUGUUUAACGUCCAUGUUCGCUGGGAUCGUUGUUUUCUCCAUAAUUGGAUUUAAAGCAACGAUGGUGUACGAGAAAUGCUUGAGUUUAAGGAAUGAAACUCUUCUGGAGACAUUUGGAUCUUCUUACCAGUCAAUGGUGUUUCCGGAAGAAGGGCAGCCGGUAACGAUUGAUAUGAAUGGUAAUCUCACGACUGUAAUGAUGCCACAUUUACCAGAAUGUGAUCUGCAAAAGGAGUUGGAUAAUACGGCGUCGGGUACCGGUCUUGCUUUUAUAAUCUUCACGGAGGCUAUCAAUCAGUUCCCAGGCGCUCAGUUCUGGUCUGUGCUGUUCUUCCUGAUGCUCUUCACCCUCGGAAUCGAUUCCCAGUUCGGGACACUGGAGGGCGUGGUAACUUCUAUAGUGGAUAUGAAGCUCUUCCCCAACCUUCGAAAGGAGUACCUCACCGGUGGUCUAUGCCUCAUCUGCUGUCUGUUGUCUAUGGCCUUUGCACACGGCUCUGGAAGCUAUAUCUUCUUGCUGUUUGAUAUGUACAGCGGCAACUUCCCUUUGCUCAUCAUCGCUUUCUUUGAGUGCAUUGGCAUCUCUUACGUGUAUGGUGUUAAAAGAUUUGCGGACGACAUAGAACUGAUGACGGGUCGUCGACCGGGUAUCUACUGGUUGAUCUGCUGGAAGUAUUUAUCUCCAUUGGCGAUGCUUUGUAUCCUGAUCUCAUCGUUUGCCGAGCUGGCGGUGGGAGGGGCGGGGUAUGAUGCAUGGAUAGCCUCGGAAGGAGACACAGAGAGGAAAUCGUGGCCCGUGUGGGCGGUGCUGUUGGUCGUAGUAUUGGUGUUGGCUUCUGUGCUAUGGAUCCCUGGCUUAGCUAUAUGCAGAUACUUCGGCAUUCCGAUCAUAGAUGAUGAAGAAAGGGCGUGGUUUCCGGCGGACGAUUUGCGCGACUUCCAUGGCAUUGAGCCCCGGCCUGUCUCUAAUUUGGAGACGCUGCUCUUCUGCACACGACCUGAUGGUACAGAGGGCUGCUGCUGGCCCGGCUGCUGUGAAACUGAUGACGAAGAGUAAAGAAUAUCUUAGUGUUACCAUGUUAAGCUGCACACUA